AUGCUACCUUCGAGUGUCUUGUUUGUUUUCUCCCUUCUACUUUUAUCAGGAUGUUUAGCUGCGGAGUCAUUAUACAGUGUUUUAGGAGUGAAGAAAGAUGCCAAUGAAGCUGAUCUAAAGAAAGCGUACCGAAAAUUGUCGAAGAAAUAUCAUCCUGAUAUCAACCCUGAUGAGAAAGCUCACGAAAGAUUCAUAGAAGUAUCAAAAGCAUACGAGGUGUUAUCAGAUUCAGAAAAGAGGGGGAUAUACGACAGACAUGGAGCAGAGGGAUUAAAACAACAUGAAGCGCAGAAGCAGGGUGGUAACCAGGAUCCAUUUGCUAGAUUUUUUGGAGGAGGUGGACAACAAGAACAAAGAGGUCCAGGAUUGAUAACGAACUUAGAAGUGUCUUUAGCGGAUAUGUACACUGGACGAACGGUAGAAUUCCAAAUACCCCGUAAGAUAAUAUGUACCCAUUGCCAUGGAUCAGGAGCGGAAUCGGAUCGAGACAUACAAGAAUGUAGACAGUGUGGUGGACGUGGAAUGACAAUUCAAAGACAUCAAGUCUUCCCUGGAAUGGUAACGAAUGUCCAAAUGCAAUGUAAUCAUUGCGGAGGAAAAGGAAAACAAAUAACCAAACCAUGUCAUCUAUGUAAAACCAACAAGGUGAUACAUACAGAUCAUACCUUGGCCGUUCAUAUACCGGCAGGAGCGCCAGAAGGAUUUGAGGAAGUAUUCAGUGGUGAAGCAGAUGAGAGCACAGAAUGGGAAGCUGGAGAUGUCGUCGUCAGAGUAAGAAGUAGAAAAGGUGAAAACGAAGGCGGUUGGGGAAGGAAAGAGGGUGGAGUGGUAGGAAGAGUCGUACUGGGUAUUGCAGAGGCUUUGCUUGGUUUUGAACGGAAUCUCACACAUCUUGACGGACGAACAAUAACGAUAGGUCGAAAAGGGACUACCCAACCUGGAGAAGUAGAGGUGGUAGAAGGUGAAGGCAUGCCAUCGUAUCUCGAUAUACCGCAAGGUGACAUGUUUAUCGAAUAUUCAGUAGUGUUCCCUACGGAAGUGUCGGACGAUACCCAGGAGAAGCUCCGCGAUAUCUUCCAAUACCAUCCGUCUUCAUCGAGUCAUGAUGAAUUAUGA